AAUAUCGUGUAAACAUGCACGCUUUGCCAAUGUAAACAUGUUAUGAGUCGUUUAGGUUCUAAACAGAACCACUGCCUUUACUACAGAACCCUCGGAGAACCCUCGGAGAACCAGCUUUAAGUGCAGCCGCAGCUCGGGCGGAGGGCUGAGGGCUGAGGGCGGGGUUCGCGGCUCGGCUCCGGGCCGCGGUCUCACGCCUGCGGUCGGGAAACGAAACGAAACGAAACAAAACGAAACGAAAGCGAAACAGAUGCUGGAGCUGAGCGGCUCCUCCAGUCUCUGCCGCGGAACCGAGCGAGGAGCAGCGCCAUGGAGGACUUUCCUCACCCCCUCACUGUGGAGGGUCGCUGGCCCUCCGCCUCCACCAAGACCCUCACUGCCAAGCUCCAGAUCUACUUUCAGAGCAGGAGGAAGUCUCAGGGUGGGGACUGCGUGGUGAGGUUCUCCGAGCAGAGCCGCACCGCUACGGUUCACUUCAGGUCGGCUGAAACUCGAGAUCAGGUUCUCUGUAAGGGAGAUCAUUCCAUAACUAUUGAAAACCAGCUGGUGAAACUGGAGGUGUUCAAACAUGGUGAUGAAGAGAAACAGAAGACAGAAGAGCCCAGCGGAGCAGCUGCAGCAGGAACUGAUGUGGACCCAGGCUUUCAGAAAACAGUUCCAACUGAGCAGAGGACCUUAAGUGUGAGAGUGGACAAUGUUCCUGCUGAUGCUGUCACCAAUAAGGACCUUCUGGAUCUGUACUUUGAGAAAUGGGGUGGACCUAUAGAGACAAUCAGCUCAAUUCCAGAGAAGCAAGCUGCUAUCAUCACCUUCCGGUCACCUGAUGCUGUACAGAGACUUCUGGAAAGAAUUGAUCACAGUAUAGGCAAAGUGCCAGUCAGCGUACAUCCGUAUUUUGACACGGAUGAGAGUCAGGCUGACCAGCUUACUGAGCCAUCUCCUAAGGACAGUUUGGGAGACUCCCCACAGCCAGGAGCUGUGGUCCUGGAGAACCUGCCUGACAACUUUUACAAAGAAGUCCUAGCACUUUUAGUGGAGAACAUCAGCAAUGCUUCUGAAGAGGAUUAUUUCCUGGAGAUAAUAAGAGAAUCAAAUGUUGCUGUGGUGACCUUUAAUGACCCCAGUGUUGCUGAGAAGUUCCUUGUGGAGAGCACGGGCAAUAAAAAGUUCCAGCAGUAUCGUCUAAAGGGACGAGCUCUGGAAAAAAGUAGAAGUGUCAAGGUGGAAAAUUUGCCUGCUCAGACUUCUCCAGAAAUGCUAGAACUUUACUUCGAAAAGUGGGGUGGAACAGUGGAAACCGUCACCAUGGUUCUAGAAGAACAGGCUGCCAUUGUCACUUUUUGCAAGCAACAGGAUGCAGAGAAUGUUCUUGAGAAAGAUCUCAGGAUUGUCAAGACAGCAGUUACUGUCUACCCAUAUUACAUGUCUUUGGGUACCGCCUUGUAUGGCAAAGACAGACCAACAUGGACGCUGCCCAAACCUUUCACAGAGAAGAUCAAUCCUGCUAUCAGAGAAUUCCUCAAUAAGAAGGGGCUAAUAUCCUCCAUCUGUAAGCAGAUGAACUCAUUAUCCUGCCAGGUGAACAUGGACAAAGCUGAAGUCCAGCUCAGUCCUCUUCCCACACUGCUGAAACAGAAGGGUAUAACCAAGAAGCACAUAGACGACUGGAGGCAAAAUGCCACAGAUGGCUUUAGAGAAAUACUCUCCAACUACGCUGUUUUUGAGUGUGCAGUAAUCCCCUCUGUUUGGUCUACACUAGAGACAGACAUUCGGUCAGUAGUGAAAGACAAAGCCUUCAUGAAGAUUAAUAAUGGAGUCCUGACACUGGCAGGAAUGAAGCAAGACAUUAAUCUGCUGAAGCCAAUUUUGGAGAGUGACUUAAAGAGAGCAUCAGAUCAGAUGGAAAGGGACCAGAAGAGUGUUGUAGAAAGCAUGGAGAUGUCCCCUGCCAUGGUCUCUCUGCUUCUGCAGGAAGGACUUCAACAGAAUGCUGCAGCUAAAUACCCAGAGCUGAAGCUCAUAUACAAAAAAGACACCAAUCAGUUAACAUUGCAUGGCCUUUCUGUGGAAAUUUUUGACAUCAAAAAUUGGAUCCUUGAGAGGAGACUGAGCCAGAAACAGAAGAUUCCGAAAAUUGACCCUUCAUUACUGGAGUUCCUAAGAUCAGUGGACUGUGAGGAGAUGUCAGGAGAUCUGUUCACAUCCAAGGGAAUCAGUGCAGUCUACACAGUUGAAAAUGGGGAUGUUGUUUUGACUGGAAGCUCAGACAGAUCACUGACUGAGGCAGAGCAGAGACUCCAAUUGGCACUUACAUCCAGUACCCUCUCUUUAGAGGAUUUAAGUGUGCUUGAAAAGCCGGAAUGGCGCUCUCUCAAUGAUGAACUGUGUGACACAUACAACUUAGCCAGGAAGAAAACUGUUAUUAUAAAAUCCUCAAAACACAAUGAAGCACUUGUAGUUACUGGCUUUCAGCAACCAGUCUUGGAGGUCAGCAGGAGCCUGGAGAAAUUCAUUAACACACACUCAAGAAUCGAUGAGGUCAUUCGCGUCAAGUCAUAUGCUGUGGUGAAGUUCAUAAAUGAGAAAAUGUCCCUAGUUUGGAAGAAACUUGUGAAGUCUGAUGAGGUGACAGUUCAUUUUGACCCAAAACGAGCCUUGAUCCGACUGUCUGGAGAGCGUGUUCACAUCCAACCAGCCAUGGAGAACUUUCAGAAAAUUGCAGAUGCUCUCCACACAGAUAGGAUGUCAAUUAAAAAAGCAGGUGCUAAAAAGUACUUCCAGGAGCAGAGAAGCAUUUUCUUGAUGAUGAUGAAGGAACAUCGAUUUGUGGUCGUUCUUGAGGAAAGUCACAUGCUGGAAGAGGAUGAAGAUGAUUUUGAUGACGAUGACAGCAUGGAAGAUUUUGGACAAUUGUCCUGUGAGGUCCAGAUGCCUGAUGGGGUCAUCAUCACGGUCAGAAAGGCUGAUAUCUGUCAGUUUAAAGUAGAUGCCGUGGUCAAUGCUGCCAACGAGGACUUGAAGCACAUUGGUGGUGUGGCUUUGGCACUCCUCAAAGCUGCUGGACCAAGUUUACAAGAAUGGAGUGACGCAUAUGUAGUUGCAAAUGGACAAGUGGCACCUGGAAAAGCUAUCACUACUGGAGCAGGUCGUCUUCCAUGCAAGUACGUGGUGCAUGCUGUGGGUCCCCGCUACACGCAUACAGACAAGUUUAAUGCAGUGAAGCGGCUGAGACAGGCUGUGAGGGAGAGUCUGAACCAAGCAGAGAUGAACAAGUGCUCUUCCAUUGCAAUGCCGGCCAUCAGCUCAGGAAUAUUCGGCUUUCCUCUUGAACUCUGCACUGAAACGAUUGCCAAGGAACUGCAUGCUUACGUCGAAGAUCAGAAGCGUCAAGGUGGCAUGAACAUGUUGAGACAGAUUCACCUGGUGGACUUCAGUGCCAACACUGUGAAUGCAAUGGCUCAGGCAGUUAGGAAGGAAUUUGCAGCCUUCAGCCCCAAAAUGACCUUUCCACAGCAGAUGAGUUCUCAUGGGCGUGGCCGUGGCCGUGGCCGUGGGCAUCAAAACCGUAACCAGAGGUCUCGUAGACAAGGCAGACAAGGUCAGGGAUAUCAUGGUCAAAAUAAACCUGGAAAAGGACAAUGGGGUCCUGGGCCAAGGAGUAAAGAAGCACAUGGUUAUAGAAGAAAUGAAUCUGUCGAGUUCAAUUCUCCAGGACAGACAUGGGAACAGAACUCAAGUCAACCGACCAGAUCACAGUAUGACGACUUCAACAGAUCAGGGUCCCUUGAAACUCACUCCACACAAGAGGGACUCAGAAUCUUUCUGAAGCAGGGAAAUAUCCAAGAUGCAGUUUCUGAUGUGAUUGUCAACACCAUCUCUGAAGAUGUGGACCUCAGCAAAGGUGCAGUUUCCAAAGCUCUCCUACAGGUUGCUGGUCCUCAACUCCAGGCAGAAGCUAGGUCUAAUCUGGCUGCAAGUGGAUCUUCUAAUCUAAGUUUUGGAUGCAUGGUGGUUACCAGUGGCUAUAACCUAAAUUGUCAAAGGGUCUUCCAUACUGUUUGUCCAUUCUGGAAAGGAGGAACUGGUUCAGAGGAUGAGGGGCUGAAACAGAUAAUUAGAGAUUGCCUAAAAAAGGCAGAACACCAGAAAAUGGCUUCGAUUUCUUUCCCAGCCAUUGGAACUGGGAACCUUGGCUUUCCCAAAGACCUGGUGUCCAGCAUUCUGCUGAGAGGAAUUCACGACUUUAGUGCAAAUGUCCAGCCUCAAUAUCUUAAAGAAGUGACUGUGAUUGUGCACCCUUCAGACAAAGAGACUGUACAGAGUUUCAUAAACAGCUUCAGAGGCGGGAGGCCAGGUCCCAUCACAAAAGGAGCACAUGCUAUUCUGCAACAGUCGCCUAAAAAAUCACCCAUUGCCAGAUCCUCACAGUCUCCUGGACUCUUUGGAGUGGUUUCCACUCCGACUCUUGGAGUGCACUCAGUGCAAGUGGGACAUGUGACCCUCGAGGUGUCGUCAGGUGACAUCACCAAAGAGAGAAGUGAUGCCAUUGUUAACUCUUCUAAUGGAUCGUUUUCUUUGAAAGCAGGAGUCUCCAAGGCCAUUUUAGAUGGUGCUGGAUUAAUAGUGGAACAGGAGUGUGCACAGAUUGUGAAUUCUACAAGUUUGCAACAGAAGGAAAUGAUUGUGACCUCUGGAGGUCAGCUCCCAUGCAGUCACAUAAUCCACAUCAUAGGCAGAAACACUCCUGCAGCCAUCAAGGAUGCUGUUUACUCUGUUUUAAAGAUGUGUGAGGCUCAGAAGUUCUCCUCGGUUGCCUUUCCAGCUCUUGGCACAGGUCAAGGCGGGGCAAGUCCUUCUGCUGUUGCUGAUGCCAUGAUUGACGCCGUGAUCGACUUUGUGAAGAAGAAAAAAGGGCCUCAUUUACAGAGUGUAAAGUUCCUGAUAUUCCAGACAUCAAUGGUGUCAGAUUUCCACCAGAGCAUGCUGAGGAGGCAGCAGGAGGGCGUGGAGGAGGACACCACUGUGCUUGGCUGGUUUAAAGACAAAUUUGACUCUAUGGCCAGCUACUUUACGGGCAACAGUGCAGAAGCCAGUCGACCAUUCCCUUCUGUACACGAGGACUUUGUGAUGGCGAGUGAGGAGUUUGAGCCGGCGGUCUUUCAGCUGUGUGCAGAGUCCCAGCGGGACCUCAAUGAAGCCCGAGAACUGAUCAACAGCUUCAUCAUCAAAGAGCAGACGAGUUCAUCCAUCCGCGACUCCGCCAUCAACAGUUUCACCAGAGAAGACGCAGAGAUGCUGACUAACCUGCAGAGGGAGCUCACGGUCAGCAUCCAGCUUAAUAAGAACGGUCCCGAGCCGGUUAUCACCGUGGAGGGCCUGACCCGAGACGUGGUCAAGGUAGAGGGCACCAUCCGGGACAUGAUCCGCAAAGUGGAGAAGAACGAAGCCCGAAAACGCGAAGCCUUCAUGAUCAGCAGCUUGGUAGAGUGGCAGUAUCUGGACAGCACAAAUAAUCUCGUGCCCUUUGAUAUCUACACUAACUAUGACCUGGAGGAGGCUUUUGGGAAAAAACAACCUCGCGUAAAGAUCAAGAUCAACAACGAGGAGGUUGAGGCUGAUUUAACCCUAAGAGUGGCUUAUUCAAGAAGCAGAAGGAUUGAAUUGAAGAGGGUUGACCAGAAAGACCAGCCCUCAGUGGCUCUGCCCAAGCACUGGGAGGACAUGAAAGACAAGUCUGUUAAGCAGGUCCAAAUUCAACAAAGCAGCCAGGAAUACAAGGAUGUGGAGAUGGAGUUCAGGAAAACUGGGCUGACCCAUCAAAUUCUUAACAUCGAGAGAGUCCAGAACAGCACUCUGUGGAUGGGCUACAUGAUUAAGAAGAAGCACUUUGAAGAAAAGAACAAGCACAAGAACAAUGAGAAGAGGCUGUUCCACGGCACCGGCCCUGAUAACAUAGACAAGAUCAACCACCAGGGCUUCAACAGGAGCUAUGCUGGCACGCAUGGUGCUGCAUAUGGGAAUGGUGUGUAUUUUGCUGUUGACCCAAGUUACUCAGCCAGGGGAUACUCCAAGCCAGACAACCAAGGUCAUAUGCGCAUGUAUCUGGCCAGAGUGCUGGUUGGUGACUACACCAAAGGAAGAGGUGGUCUAAUUUCCCCUCCAGCCAAGAGCUCUACAGCCACAGAUUUAUACGACAGCGUCACUGAUAAUCAACAAAACCCGAGCAUGUUUGUGAUUUUCCAUGAUGUGCAGGCGUAUCCGGAAUACCUGAUCACCUUUCAGUAGAUCUUUUUAAUCAGCAGUUGUGGACUAAUUAUGAUUAUCCAUGUUUCCAUUUUCUGUUAUGUUCUCAUUCUUAUGGAUUAUGUUGAAUUAGUUGCUGUAAUGGAUAGAACUAUUAGGUGUGGGGAUACUCUAAUAGAUCAGAAGAUAUUAAUAAUAAAUAAUAAUACAAAUACAUUUAAAAUAUUGCACUAAUAAAAUAGCUUUCUAUUUUCUAAUGUUUAUCAAUUAAGACCUACUAUGUUUAUGGUGUCAUAUUUUGUUGUUCUUCCUUUAUGUCACUGUAUCCCUGAAAAAAAUAAACAGGUUAUUAUAGA